UUCACGACACUUCCGGUAUAAUGACAGGAUGAGAUCGUAGCAUCAUCGGUGCUGAACAAAAUCCCAUCUCAGGGUGAUGGGGCCCGACAGUGUCCCGGGUCCAGCUGUGCCCUGGCGGAAGGUGCUGUGGGAGCGCCAGCCGUUCCCCGAUAACUAUGUGGACCAGCGGUUCCUGGAGGAGUUACGAAGGAAUGAGGGGAUCCGGCAGUACCGUUACUGGGCCGUAGUGAGAGAAGCCGGCUUUGUUGGGGAGCAGCUGUCCUGUGUGGCCAUUUUUAUCACGAUCUGGCUCUACAUGGAGCAGGGUCUGCUGUCCCCUGAGACACUGCUGUGGACCAGCCUCACCUGCGCCCUGCUGGGUUAUGGACUGCACCAAGCCUUGACGUCUCAAGUCGAACCAGGCUGUGAGCCCCGGACUCGUCUGGCUGACUUACAGAGUGCCACUAUUUUCCUUUCCUUCACCUUUGGCUUCUCGCCAGUUUUAAAGACACUGACCGAGUCUGUGAGUACCGACACAGUGUACGCCAUGUCUGCCAUGAUGCUGCUGGCCCACCUGGUGUCGUUCCCUUACGCCCAGCCGUCACCCCCCGGAAGCCUCUCCCUAAACGCAGCCCUGUUUGCCUCCGUGUGUUUAGCCUCGAGGUUACCUGGAGCUCUGCACACCUUCGCCAUGCUCAGCUGCGCUCUGCUCGUGUUUGCACUGUGGCCCUGCCUGCUGCAGAGGCUGAGGGAGAACGCACCCAGGCACUUUACCGGGGUGUGUGUGGGGGUGUGUAUCGGAGGGGUGGGUGGUCUGGGGUCCCAGUGGCCAGGGGGGGCCGUGCUCUUAGCCUUGGCCUUAGGGAGCGUUACAUUACUCUGCCCCCUGCUGCUCGUCAGACUGCAGAGGCACAAAGACAACAUCCACGGGCCCUGGGACGAGGCCGUGAUUCAUGAAGACCUCAGCCACUUCAUUCACUAAUGGACAUUUAACCCUUUGAACCCUAAAGCAACAUCACUGUUCACUGAGCUGCUUCCACAAGCCUUUCACAAGUGUUUAAACCUUUGAGCCAUGAGCAAAUUGGUCUCUUUCCUUAAUUAGAAAAAAAA